UUGAUCCUGUCACAAAUGGAACACAUGAAUAUAAAGCAGUGCUAAAUUUAGCUUGAAACUUAGUAAAAGUACAAUAGAUUCAUCAGGUCUGUUACUGUGAGUUAUUUCUUUUCUGAAGCUUUGAAAAACUAUCUGUAAAACCACAGUUUUCAAAUAGUUGAAAGCAUACAAAGAAUCGUAACUGAUGUACUGACUUCACAGGAGAAAAUUUUCAAAAGUGGUUUCAGAAGCAGCUGGAUUAGACCCAGUGUGUUUCUUCUGAAUAAGAUUAAUUUGAAUGAGAUAGGGUUAACACCUAAUAAUUUUUAUAAUAAAAUUCUCUAUAACAAUAGUUUCAUCACUUUCAUAACACAUCUAUAACCUAUUUUGAGUUACAUAGAGAAAUCUUUGUUUAGAUAAAAUAUUUACAAUAUUUGAAUAUCAGAAAUUUAAAAUUGGCACCUCAGUUAUUUGACUUUGACAAGUUAUUUAACAUACAAAAUGGUUUCAUUGAGGCAGCAUGUUAGUGAAGCCUAUUCUUACAGAAUUGUGUUUGUUCUCAAAAUCUGUCUGCUCAAAUAUGAUUAAACUUUACCACUUUUCAUUAAUUGCAAUGAGGAAUUCAAAAAUGUAAUAAAGGUCCAGUUAAAUGUAAAAAAUAAGAGUCCCUAACUUUGUUUUCGAUAUACAGAGGUAUUACAGUGACAAUAUCUGUGCUCUGAUGAGACUGAGUAUGUCUAAUGGAAUUUAGGCAUUGGGGACAACAAUAAAAACAUCAUCGCAUGCACGUAACAGAAAAUAAGUGUGAAAAACAAGCAAAAUACAAGAACAAGCAAUCAAUGGUGAUUGUUUUGUUCUUGGAUCAUCUCUUUGUACCUGCCCAGUGCAAGGAUCGUGUCUCCCAUGGCCAACAGGUACAAGGUUAUCCUCUUUUGUAGCAGAAAGUACAAAGCUUGCCAUUCAUGUCCUUCAGGUACAAGGAUUGUCUUUUCUAUGGCCUAACAGAUGCAAGGAUUGCUUCUUCCUUUAUUGCUUUGCCUCAAUUCUAUUAUCAUUCGACAAAGUCAUAUGAUAUCCUAGUUUUAAUUUAAUAUUUUGAUUCUCAUAAAAUUAUUACAGAUUUUAAAAAAUUAACUAUUUGGAAAUUAGAUUUUUGACAAUAAUUGAAACAAGUUAUAUCAAACUUAUAAAUAUGUAAAAAAAAAUUUUACUUUUAAAGGAAAAAAUUACCAACAUUUGGACACCACAGUUGGGAAAAUGCUGCAAAUUUUGUUGCAAAAUGUUACAUGGAAAAUGUUAAUAGAGAUAUAUAUUUUGAAGAUGUUAAGCUUCAGAUGGAUGCUAAACUGUGGGGAGAAGAAUAUAAUCGACAUAAUCCACCCAAGAAAGUAGAUAUAUUUCAAAUGUGUGUAAUUGAAUUUGUGGAUAGACCAGGAAAACCUUUAUAUCACUUAGAAAGAUAUAUUGAUGGCAAAUAUAUAAAGUACAAUUCAAAUUCUGGGUAUAUUAGCUGUGAAAAUCUUCGUUUAACUCCACAGGCAUUCAGUCACUUUACAUUUGAACGAUCUGGUCAUCAGUUAAUGGUCGUGGACAUUCAGGGAGUCGGCGAUCUCUACACUGAUCCUCAGAUUCACACCGCUUCGGGUCGAAAUUAUGGAGAUGGAAAUCUCGGAGUGAAGGGAAUGGCUCUGUUUUUCCAUUCUCAUCUCUGUAAUAAGAUAUGUGAAAGUCUAGGACUCACUCCAUUUGAUUUAUCUCCCACCGAAUUAGCUGAACAUAACAGAAUUGCACAGUUACAGAAAUCUUGUACAACUGUAAUACGUGGAAAAGAAGAAUUGUGUUUGUCUCCUUCUGAAUACGAACGUUCUCAUUUGAUCGAGAUGUUUCGAACUAGAACUUACUCGUCGAAUAGUAUAACUCCACCUUCGUCGGAAUCAAAAAAUUUUAAUCGUAAUUUAAGUAACGAUAGUGGAAAUCCUAAUUCUCCCUUUGAUAUGGAAAGUUUAGAAAAUGGAAAGUUUCCAAUUGUUUUAAAUGAAGAUGAUUCAGGAAUUGGAUCUCAUAGGAAAGAGAGUUUGUGUCAUGAAAAUGGAUCUACAUCAGAUUACAUAGAUGUAGAUUUUAAAGAAUUGGUUAUGCGUAAAUCUCGACCUUCAUGUGUUCAUCAUGAAAUGCAAUUACGAAGAGAUUUGUCUACCAAUGGAAAAAGAUGUUUUGAAUAUUCUGUUUUAGGACAAAUUCACUUAGAACUUAGUAAAUAUCAUGCUCUUGGACGUUUUAUUCCCGAAGAUGAAGAGGUGUAUGAUCACGAAGCUGCACUAUAUCACUUAGAACAUGCUGCUAAUUGUGGAAAUAUAGAGGCUCUUGUGACAAUGGCUCAUAUUUACUUGCAGCUUCCUCAUAAUCUUCUUACUGAAAUAUCGGUUCCGAAUAAUAAGGAAGACUUUGAAAAAGGUAUGAAUUGGAUGAAAGAAGCAGCUUGUGCCGGAGAUCGUUCUGCCAUGAUAUAUUUAGCACGUGCAUUUGAUAUGGGAACUUUUAAUGGGAUGGAGUGGAAAUUAUCCUGGAAAGAAGCCAUAAAUUGGUAUGAAAAAGCUGUAACCAUGGAAGAGGAUGACGAAGGGGGACAUUACGACGACUGCAUUCACGAUCCACGCUAUCUUUUAAUUGCUCGACAGGCAGAGAUGUAUAGGGUAGGAGGUCACGGCCUCGAAAGAGAUCUUCAAAAAUCAGGUGAACUUUAUAGUUUUGCUGCCGAAUGUGCCACCGAAGCCAUGAAAGGGAAAUUAGCAAAUAAGUAUUACAUGCUGGCCGAAGAAGUUUGGAGCGAGAUGGAGGAAUGAAUUUACAUAACUAGUCUUAUAAAGUGAUAUUGUUACAAUUGUUAUAUAUAUAUAUAUAUAUAAUACUUUUUAUAAAAAUAUAUUUACAAAUUUUAUAUAAUGAGAAAUCUUUGAAAAUGAAACUGUUGUAGGGCCAAUGCAUAUGAGAUUGAUAUGCUUUAUUUUCAUAACUUGCUAAUGGUAUAGAAUUGUUUUAAAAUGUAGAAACUCUUGUUUAUUUUGAAAAAUAUAACAUUUACAUUGAUAAUUUUAAUCUGUCUUUUAUAUCUAAUGACUCCAUAGAAUUGUUAAGCUAAAUAAGGAUGUUAAAUCAGUUAACAAGUCAACGUUUUAAGGGAGAUAGAAGGUUUUUCGAGAUUCAAAAGACAUUUCUUUCUAUUAAAAUGUUGACUCCUUAGUUAGACACGCUGAGAAUAUAAAGACGUAUUAGUUGUCUGAGGCCAGAAUUGAAGUUUCAAAAUAUUUCAUUUAAAAUAUACUUACAAAAUAUUUGCUUUUUUGUAAUUAGACAUUUGGAUAUACAGUAAAGCAUCGAUUAUCCGACUCAAUUAUGCGUA